AUGGUGCGUUGCGCACCCCUCUUGUUGCCCGUUGUGGCUGCGCUCUUAACCGCGCACACAGCACAGGCAGCAGCACCAUCGCCUCUUGACCUUCUUUCAACUACAAUCACAGAACUCAGCAGAGUCAUCACAAUGCCCUUUGAGAUUCUCCCUGGUCUUAUCACAGGAAGACGCCCGUUUUCUGUUAAUGAAGAAGGAAAACGAACUCCUUCCUCUCCAGAAGAUGAGCAAGGAACAGCAGUAUAUAAUAGAGAGAAUGAGGGAGAACGAAGAGACAGGGAUCAGCAGCAAGAAGAAAACGAGCAGCAGCAGCAGCAGCAGCAGGAGGAGCGGCAGCAAGCGGUUGUUGGCGCUGAAGAAACAGAGAACCUCUCGGCGCAGGAAGUGCGUGAGGAAGUAGUAGAAGAACCACGCGAAGAAGAAGAGCAGCAGCAGAUGCAGCAGGAGAAGGAGGAGCAUGAGGAGCAGCAGGAGCAGCAGCAGCCGCAGCAACAGGAGGAAGAUUACAUGCUAACGGAGGAGGAGCAGCAGAUGGACGAACAGCAGCAGGAGCAGCAAGAAGAGGAGGAGCAGCGGCAGCAUCGGCAACGACGAGAGGAAGAAGAACAACGUCAGCAGCAGCAGCGUGAGCAAGAAGAGCAGCGGCGCCAGCAGCAGCAGCGUGAACAAGAAGAGCAGCGGCGCCAGCAGCAGCAGCGUGAGCAAGAAGAGCAGCGGCGCCAGCAGCAGCAGCGUGAGGAGGAGGAAGAGCAGCAGCGUCGAGAACGCCAGGAGGAGGAAGAGCGCAGGCAGCAGCAGCAGCAGCAGCGGGAGGGAGAGGAGGAGGAAGGACACCAGCAGGAGCAGCGGGAGGAGGAGGAAGAGCAGCACCGUCAGCAGCAGGAGCAGGAGGAGGAGGAGGAAGAGCAGCACCGUCAGCAGCAGGAGCAGCAGGAGGAGGAGGAAGAGCAGCACCGUCAGCGGCAGCAGCACGAAGAGGAAGAAGGUGAUCAGCACCGUCGGCACCAGGAGUACAGGGGGGAGGAGACUGAGGAGGAGAGGGAGGCAGAGGCAGCAGCAGCAGCUGCUGCUGCUGCUGCUGUUGCUGCUGAGGAAGAAUAUGAAGAAAGAGAAGAAAGAGAAGAAAGAGAAGAAAGAGAAGAAAGGACAAGAUCUACUUCUUUCCUUAAUCCUACUGUACGUACACCACAAACAACAGCAGCAGCAGCAGCAGGAGAUGCAGCAACAGAUGGUGCAGCAAAGGGAGAAGGAAAAGACAAGACAGAGAACGAAGAAGAAGAUAAAUAA